UGCUAUAUCGGACACGCGCUUUGGUUCCGCGCAUGCGCAGUCCCGUCUGAAUUUUGAAACAGAAUGGCGGUGUUGCUAGAAACAACAUUAGGCGACAUCGUAGUGGAUUUAUACACCGAGGAAAGACCCAAAGCCUGCUUGAACUUCUUGAAGCUGUGUAAAAUCAAGUACUACAACUACUGCCUCAUUCACAAUGUCCAGAGAGAUUUUAUCGUCCAGACUGGAGACCCUACGGGCUCUGGCCGAGGAGGAGAGUCCGUGUUCUGUAAGCUGUACGGGGAUCAGGCGCGCUUCUUCGAUGCUGAGAAGGUUCCACGGAUCAAGCACAAGAAGAAGGGCACCGUCUCCAUGGUGAACAAUGGCAAUGAGCAGCACGGUUCUCAGUUCCUGAUCACUACUGGAGAGAAUCUGGAUUACCUGGACAGUGUUCACACCGUGUUUGGGGAGGUCACAGAGGGCAUGGACGUCUUGGCAAAAAUCAACGAGGCAUUCGUGGACAAAGACUUCAUUCCGUACCAGGACAUCAGAAUAAAUCACACGGUCAUUCUGGACGACCCGUACGAUGACCCUCCUGACUUGCCGGUGCCGGAUCGUUCCCCCGAGCCCACGAAAGAGCAGCUGGACAGCGGCCGUAUCGGAGCUGAUGAAGCGAUAACUGAUGCUGAAGGGAAGGACGCAGAGGCGCUGGAUGAACUGAUAAAAGAGAAGGAAGCAAAGACGCAAGCCAUUCUGCUGGAGAUGGUGGGCGAUCUGCCCGACGCAGACGUCAAACCCCCAGAGAACGUGCUGUUUGUGUGUAAGCUGAACCCGGUCACCACCGACGAGGACCUGGAGAUCAUCUUCUCUCGCUUUGGCACAAUCCAGUGCUGCGAGAUCAUCAGGGACUGGAAGACGGGCGAGUCUCUGUGCUACGCUUUCAUCGAGUUCGAGAAGGUGGAGGACUGCGAGAAAGCGUACUUUAAGAUGGACAACGUACUGAUUGACGACCGACGCAUCCACGUGGACUUCAGCCAGUCUGUGUCCAAGAUCAAAUGGAAGGGCAAAGGUGGGAAGUACACUAAAGAUGAUUUCAGGGCCUAUGAGAAAGACCUGGACAACAAAUCCAAACUGGCUCUAAAAGACAAAGUCAAACCCAAGCAAGAUUCUCGUUACGAUCUCCUCCUGGAUGAGGAAGGGCAGGACGUGGGGCGGAGGGACGACAGGAAGGAGCGGGAGAAGAGGGGCCAGUCGGACGACGAAGACGACAGGAGGGCAAAGAAAUCGAAGGAGGCCGAGCAGAGCUGGAGAGAGCGGAAAGAGAGCAAGCAACGAUCGCGCUCUCGCUCCAGAGACCGUGAGAAGGACAGAUACAGAGAGCGAGACAGGGAGAGGGAUAGAGAGAGGGACAGGGACCACAAGCACGGUAAGCACAAGCAGAAAAGCCACAAACGCGAUCGCAGCCGCAGCCCAAAGAGGUCAAAGGACAAGGAGCGCAGCCGUCAUCGCUGACCCCGAUUUAAAAAAAAAGAAACGAGGACACGGCGUGUACAGCUUCACCGACACGGACUCGUGGUAUUAUGGGAAGACGAUGACAUACACGCACGUUUAAACGUCAUCGCAGAGUGACACUUCUCUGUAUUUGUUUUAUUCACUGUUAAUGCCACAGAACAAACUAAACGAUACCAAUGAAACAGAAAGAUGUGGAACUUAUUAAAUGUUAAUGUGAUUCUAAAUCAGGGUUUUAUUUAUUAAAGAAGCCAUGGGUCUCAAAAUGGUGGAUGGGGGUUUGUUCCAGUUGUGGAAACCACACCAUCUUCAGGAGAGUUGUUUAUAAAUGAUAUAAUGGGUAAGGUGGGUGGAAAGUUCAGAAAUAAAAAUGAAAAAAACCUUCGUCUCCAAUGCCUUUGGAGAACCCCUCUUGCUGUUGUAGGGAUUAUGAUUAGAUCCAAUGACAUGCUUGUUGAUUUUUCAACAUUAAAGGAAAUCAUCAGCUGUGGGAAUGCACUCCUCCUGAUUGACAGGUUUAUCUUAAAACUAAAGAUUUAUACGCUCAGACACCGACUCUUCCUCACUGUAACUGAGCAAUUCUUUGUCUCAUAUGUUCAAAACCCAUCAGAUGAACUGGGUUGAAGGUCUGGGUCAGUAUUGAUGCUCCUUACAGCAAAGCACAAGCCCAGAGCCCAUCUACCUUAAUGCUUAUUUAUUCCUAGAAACAGCAUACUGGGGCCUGAGUGUGUUAAAGUUUGGAUCAUUUCUUUCAAACAGGCAGAUGAGGAGGGCUAAGAGUGGAUCACUGCAACCUUUCAUCUCAAUUAAAUCCCAUUUCAAAGCCCUCACUCUGGCCACUGGGGUAUCAGAUGCCCCUUGUUCCCUGGUGUAAUCACUCAGAGUUUAUCAUCUUUAAUUGCAUAUUAAAGAAGCUGACAUUUAAACUUGGACAUGUUUUCAUUUUGAUUUAAAGGUCUAAUAACUAUUUAUGAAGCAAUUGCAUCUCCAGUACGAGAGAGAGUUUUUCAUAUUGCUGUCAAACUGUGGCUCAUGUCACAUCGUACGAUACACCCUGUGUUUCAGCAACGAGGCAAAUAAAUACAGUGAGGGAAAGAAUUUAAAUAAUUCACAGCAAACAGUUGACAUUUAUUUAUUUGUCUUUAAUGCAUCAAGCUCAUAGUACAGAUAUUUAGCACAUCUUGAUCAACCAAGGAAAUAGCAAGAGAAUCAAAAUAGCAAAGUUUCCCUUUCCCCCUCAACAUCCAGAGUACGGUCACGCACCAAGCCUUCCUCCUCCGAGUGCAGAGGGGAAAAUAUUUAUAUAUAUUUAAAAAAAAAAAAAAAAAAAAAACCCCACCCACAUCCGAUCCAAUUCAUCCACCUCAGAAUCUACAGUGAGGAUCACUGAGGGGGAAAGUGGGCAUGAAAGAAGGACAAAAAUGCAGUUGGUCCACAUAAGGUGUGGGAGAGGAAAGAAAGAAAGGGGGAGGCACUGUCCUAAACUACGCUUGUGGAAGCUUAGAAAAAUAUUCACUCAAGACUCGACUACUUCCUGCUAAGAAAUGGUCCAUCCACAUGGAAGAUUAGUUUAAAACCUUUCCCCUCAGUCAGACUGGUAGAGGCGCUGUGAGGAUUUUAAAGAUGUUCUGAUAUGCGAGAGGCUACACAUCUUCACUGUACAGAACGUUUUGCAGCUAGGCCCUGUUAAUUAAAAGUACACAUUUGAAUACUUACAUACAAUCAAAUUCCAGCAAAAAAUUAGUUUUUUUUUUUUUGCACAUUCGGCUGUUUCUAAAGUCGAACAGACGGGUAUAACGGUUUAAAAUACACGAGUAUCGGCUCAGGACCUCACGCUAAAUGCUCAAACCCCUCCCCAAUAAUCGGUUUCGAUGAGCGCCAGGGCUCGUGUUUUGGGAGGUCGUCUCGUUUCCCUGUCCGGCAGCAGUACGAGACGGUCACGCUCUCUGGCCGGAGAGGCUUCGUGAGAUUCGCCGGCGUGCCGAACGGGGAAAUAGAGUCCUCAAAAACAAACAAUUCAGCAGCUCUGACCACUCCCUGGGAAAGGUUUUUGAUUUGAGAAAGAAUCCAAAA